AUGCAGCAAGGCCAGCCCAAUCCAUAUACAACCACAGGGAACGACGCCCUGUUCUUCAUCCUAUCUCAUAUCCUUCCACCUAUCCAAUUGAACGCUGAAGCACCAUAUUGUUCCACAAAUGGCCGCUCACUCCUCUCCAAGCUUCCAACGACCAUCUCCGCCCUCAUCCCCAAUCACAGAACUAAACCCGAUUCAAGACCCAACAGUUUGCUGAGCCCAUGGCUGGGUGCCAACAGCCUCUCGCUUCCGCCCUCAAGUCUGAGAGUCAGAACCCAAGAGUCAAAGCUCCGCCCUUUCUCAGCCACCGUCUGUCUCAGCCUCCCCACCGCAAAUGCGGGAAUAGUUUCUUCCACUGAGAAAGUGCCCAAGUGGUCUUGGAGGGCUAUAAAGUCAUUUGCCAUGGGUGAAUUAGAAGCCAGGAAGCUCAAGUUUGCAACUACCGGGACUGAAGCAAUUCUCAUGGGGAUCCUCAUUGAGGGAACUAGUCUGGCGGCAAAAUUUUUACGGGUAAAUGGAAUUACACUUACUAAGGUGCGUGAAGAAACAAUCAAGUUGCUCGGGAAAGCUGACAUGUGGUUUUUCAGUCCUGAGCAUCCAGCAUUGACUGAGGAAGCUCAAAGAGUACUUGAUUGGGCUGUUGAUAAAAAGAAAAAAUCUGGUAAUAGUGGGGAAAUUACAACUUCUCAUCUGCUUCUUGGCAUUUGGUAUGAAGGGGAAUCUCCGGGUCACAAGUUAUUGGCAGGCCUUGGCUUCAAUGAAGAAAAAGCGAAGGAGCUGGAGUCUUUAAGUACUAAACCUGGAUUCAUCGACGGAUAAUAUCUUCGAUUAGUGUUCAUUGAUCGAUCUGUGAUGCAAAUUUCUUUAUCAAAGAGGGAACAACGAUGUUAAUGGUAUUGCAAAUUCAUCCCUGUACAAUGAAUUUGUUCUUGUUUAAUUUUGCAAAUUGGAGAAAAGUUUAUUCAUACGGAAUGUCAUGCGAGUUAGCCGGAUUCUUUCCGCCAUGAAAUUGGAUCGUCCUCAUAUGCAUUUUCAA